UGACUCCACCCUUCCCUCAAAAUCAGAUCGUUAAAUCAAAAACCCAUUUUCACAAACCUCCAUGCAAACUCAGUAGCUCCGCCUCCUCGUGUUACAAGCUCGCUCCACCACCACUUGCUCCUGGUAAGCACUAGCAUUGUUCCCUCCCUUUUAAACUAACCCUGUUGUUUGCAUUCUUGUUUUGUUAAUUCACUAGCCAAAACAUUGUUCUCUUAGCCAGCUUGCUUGGUUUUCUUGAAAACAAAAAAAAAAACAAUUUUCCUUCAGUUUCUGAGAAAAGAAAAAAACCACCAUGGCAAUACCAUGAAGAAAACAUUUCUGCCUAGUUCUUUUCUAUGUUAUGCGUAUAUUUUCGAAACAUCUCAUUUGGGGUUGAAAUUCAUAUAUUGGUAUAUUUCUAGAGUUCAAUCACUAAGGGUUUGGUCAAUGUUUUGCAUUAGUUUGGUGGUUUUCAUUUGAAAGUAUAAGGUCUUGCUGGAGAAAACAAAGUUCAUAUCAGUGUGCGACUUGCUGCAAUCAAUGAGUUAUGUUUCAAUGUUGAUUUGGUCAAAAGUAGUACUCCAGUGUAUUCUGUUUUAUCAAACAGUUAAACAGUUGUGGGAAAAACUGUUCAACUCUUUUCUCUCUAUAGUAUUUCACGAUUGAAUUUUAUUACUACACAUCUUCUUCGUUAAUAUUUAUCUCUGUAAGCCAGCGAUGUUGAAAGCCUUCCUUCUUUUUCCCUUUUUUGGUGCCAGUAAGUUGUUGGAAGGCAGUAUUAGCAUAUUCUGAGCUCGAAAGGAAGUUGAGCAGCAAACAAAGACAUCCCUGAAAGGAGAUGAUAGGAAGAAACUAAUUCCAGAAAGGAAGGCACAGUCAGUGAUGGUUGCAAGGAGGCCUGACUCUGGUGGCCAAGAAGGCACUGUCAUCUCUCUUCUUGCCAACCACUUUUUGGUACAAUUUGAUCCAUCACAGAAGAUAUAUCAUUACAAUGUUGAAAUCACUCCCCAUCCCUCCAAGGAUAUUGCCAGAGAAAUCAAGCACAAGUUGGUAAAUAACAAUUCUCCUGUCCUCUCAGGUGCUAUUCCAGCAUAUGAUGGCAGAAAGAAUCUUUACAGUCCAGUUCAGUUCCAAAAUGAUAAGCUAGAGUUCUACAUAAGUCUUCCAAUCCCCACUACCAAGCUUCCAUUACCUCAUGGAGAAAUCUCUCACUUUAAUGACAAGCAUCAAAAGCUUAAACUUUUCAGGAUAAAUAUCAAGUUGGUCUCCAAAAUCAAUGGGAAGGAGUUGAAUAACUACUUGAACAAAGAGGGUGAUGACUGGAUUCCACUUCCACAGGAUUAUCUGCAUGCUUUGGAUGUAGUUCUUAGGGAGAGCCCUACCGAGAAAUGCAUUCCUGUUGGAAGGUCAUUCUACUCGAGUUCAAUGGGAAGAAGCAAAGACAUUGGUGGAGGAGCUGUUGGAUUGAGAGGCUUCUUUCAGAGUCUCAGACCAACACAACAAGGAUUGGCUCUCAAUGUGGAUUUCUCAGUAACUGCUUUCCAUGAGAGCAUAGGAGUCAUUUCAUACCUGCAGAAACGUCUUGAGUUCCUUCGAGACCUUUCUCAAAGGAAGACAGCUCAAUUAACUGCUGAAGAGAGGAAGGAAGUUGAGAAGGCAUUGAAGAACAUCAGGGUCUUUGUUUGCCAUAGGGAAACUGUUCAAAGAUACCGUGUCUGUGGCUUAACUGAGGAAGCUACCGAAAACCUUUGGUUUUCUGACAGAGAUGGCAAGAAUCUGAGGCUGCUCGAUUACUUUAAAGAUCACUAUAACUAUGACAUACAAUUCCGAAAAUUGCCAUGCUUGCAAGUUAGUAGGAGUAAACCUUGUUAUCUUCCUAUGGAGCUUUGUGUGAUCUGUGAAGGCCAGAAGUUCCUUGGAAAACUCACUGAUGAUCAAACGGCAAGAAUACUCAAGAUGGGCUGCCAAAGACCGGGAGAACGAAAAACCAUUAUUGAAGGAGUCAUGAGAGGAAAUGUUGGGCCUACCAGUGGUGAUCAGGAAAAAGAAUUCAAGCUCCAAGUGUCAAGAGAAAUGACAGAGUUGACUGGCAGAAUUCUUUUCCCUCCCAAACUAAAGCUUGGAGAUGGAGGUCAUGUGAGAAACUUGACUCCUUCGCGUCAUGACCGGCAAUGGAACCUUCUUGAUGGCCAUGUCUCCGAAGGAACUACUAUUGAAAGGUGGGCACUGAUUAGUUUUGGGGGCACACCUGAGCAGAAGUCCAAUGUCCCCAGAUUCAUAAACCAGUUAUCUCAAAGGUGUGAACAGUUGGGCAUUUUUCUCAACAAGAACACAGUUAUUAGUCCCCAGUUUGAAUCAAGCCAGAUUCUUAACAAUGUCACUCUUUUGGAAUCUAAGCUCAAGAGGAUCCAGAGGACUGCCUCAAACAAUCUCCAACUUCUUAUUUGCAUAAUGGAGAGAAAACACAAAGGGUAUGCAGACUUGAAACGAAUUGCCGAGACCAGUGUUGGUGUUGUGAGCCAAUGCUGCCUGUACCCCAAUCUCAGCAAGUUGAGUUCACAAUUUCUGGCUAAUUUGGCCCUGAAAAUUAACGCCAAAGUUGGUGGUUGCACGGUUGCUUUGUACAACUCAUUGCCUUCACAGUUACCACGUCUCUUUCAUAUUGAUGAGCCAGUGAUAUUCAUGGGUGCAGAUGUGACACAUCCUCACCCUCUUGAUGAUUUCAGUCCAUCUGUUGCUGCUGUUGUCGGUAGCAUGAAUUGGCCGACAGCAAACAAAUACAUUUCAAGAAUAAGGUCUCAAACACACAGACAAGAAAUCAUUCAGGAUCUUGGUGCAAUGGUGGGGGAACUGCUCGAUGAUUUUUAUCAGGAGGUAGAGAAACUCCCCAGCAGAAUUAUUUUCUUCAGAGAUGGGGUCAGUGAAACUCAGUUUUACAAAGUGUUGGAAGACGAACUUCAGUCAAUUAGGUGUGCAUGCACAAGGUUUCCAGGUUACAAAACUUCCAUUACUUUUGCAGUUGUGCAAAAGAGGCAUCACACAAGGUUGUUUCCCCUUGAAACUGACCAGUCUUCAACUCAAAACCACUUUCUAUAUGAAAACAUUCCUCCAGGGACUGUGGUUGAUUCAGUGAUCACUCAUCCAAAUGAAUUUGAUUUCUACCUUUGUAGCCAUUGGGGUGUGAAAGGAACAAGUAGGCCAACUCACUACCAUGUAUUGUGGGAUGAAAACCAGUUUACUUCUGAUGAACUGCAGAAACUGGUUUACAACUUGUGCUACACUUUUGUCAGGUGCACCAAGCCAAUUUCUUUGGUGCCUCCAGCAUACUACGCCCAUUUAGCUGCAUACAGAGGCAGACUCUACCUCCAAAGAUCAGAGUCCUUAGGUUUGUUCAGAAGUACAUCUACACUAUCCAGAGCUGCUCCUCCAAAGACAGCACCUCUUCCUAAACUUAGUGAAAACAUCAAAAAGCUCAUGUUCUACUGCUAGUGAUAACUCUUCGCCAAUGCCAUUCUAUUUCUAGAUAGUUUAUUUAAAUGACAUGUAAUCAGUUGAUAUAGCAUGUGCAGGAUCAAUAUCAGUGCUGCAGAAAAAAAUUGAAGACCUGUAAGAUUUGCAUUUUAUCUAAUUAAAAAGUUCUCCGCACAAAGGCCAAAGUGCAGGCUGAUUAGAAGGCUUUUCUGACUGUAUUUUUCAGUUCUAAUUAAACUAAGACAUUCAUAAAUAUAUUAGUAUGAUUUUA